AUGAGAGAAUUCGAGUUCGGUGAACCUUCCGAAUCUGAGAAGCCCACGAGCGAGGAGUACGCUGUCGCCAAAUGGCUAAAGGCGAACGUACCCACGAAGAAGACGAAAUUCCUCAAUCACCACGUAGAAUACUUCACAGGUACGAGGGCCGUGGACGCGCUAUUAACAUCAAAAUGGGCAACCGGCAAGAAUCCCAUUUUCACUACCAGACACGACAUCACAGACUUCCUUCAUCUAAUGCUCUUACACAAACUCUUCCACAGGGCUAAGAAGGUUCCAGUGACAGAGCAGGAGCUUAAAGGAAAAUCAAGGAAAAAAGAUGUCGAAAAGACGAGUAAGAGUGGGGAUGAACAAGACGAGAAGAAUCAGAGUGCUUGUGAAGGAAAAGAAACCAAAGACAAAGAUGGCAAAGAUAACAAAGAAAAGAAGAAGCGCAAGAUUCGUCUGGAGAUGCACAUGGAGCAAGUAUUCUUAGAUACUAACGACGCGUACGUGUGGUUGUAUGACCCCAUGCCCUGGUACUACUGGCUAUGUGGGGCCCUACUACUGGUGGGCACUGUAGGAGUCUGCAUGUUCCCAUUGUGGCCGGCAACUGUUCGGAAGGGUGUGUAUUACUUGAGUAUAGCUGCAGCCGGUUUCCUCGUACUGAUCAUAGCGUUGGCUGUACUCAGAGUGGUGGUGUUUUGUACUGUAUGGGUCGCCACGCUCGCGAGACAUCAUCUAUGGUUAUUACCAAACCUGACUGAAGAUGUUGGAUUCUUUGCCUCAUUCUGGCCGCUGUAUAAGUACGAGUAUCGCGGCCCUGGUUCGGAGAGCGAUAAAUCAUCUAAAAGCAAGAAGAAACGCAAGAAAGAAAAACAUUCAGACGAUGAGGAGGAAAAAACAGCUUUGAUGAAGGAGACGGAGGUGAAAGAUGUUAAAGAAAAGAAAGUAGUCACUGAGACAACUGACACUACGGAUAACAAAGAGGAACCACCGCAGCCUGAAACUUCGGAACAGACAGAUAAAUUGUCAGAAUCAGAAUCAGAAAACAGCCAGAGGUCAUCGACCGACAGAGACUUUGAGAUGAUAGAUACAGCGGAUGUAGAGGAAAAUGCACACACGCACUAA